AUGAGUGUCUCCCUUAAAUUCUUCUACGUUUUCAGGUAUACGACCGACGCCUGUCUCCCGGUAUUUUUUGUCCUGUCGCUGCAGUGCGUUGUUGGUGUUUUUCUUCAAACGAUGUUAGCGGGUAUUGUUGUUGCUAAAGUACUGCGGCCGAAGAAACGGAAGCAGGAGAUGAGGUUUUCUCAAGUGGCAGUGGUAGGUCCGCUUGACGACCACGAUAGGAGGCCAGCAUUAAUGAUUCGAAUUGCCGACAUACAGAACAAUCUGUAUAUUGCCGAGCCUCAUGUUCGACUGUACAUGGCAACCUCCAAAAUUAAUCGGGUAUUUUAUGAAAUCUGCACUUUCUUCGUAACUAAUUACAAAUCCAUUGUUGUCCAGGGUUCGAAUUUAUAUCUUCGAAGUGCCGCGAUUCGCGGCAUAACUUAA